GAAGCUCAGCUGUUCUGUUUCUGUUCAGGUCAGUCGGUGGUUGUCGUCAAACAGAGGCAUGAUGGGAGCAAAAGACAUGUGGACACAGAGGAGCCACAAAAAAGCAGCUGACCUUUGACCCCAGGACCCAGAGAACACGGUAAAAACACACCUGUGGUGCAAUGGAUGCUGUUGACCCCUCCCCCCUGCGCCGUUUUGUCGUAGCCAAACGUUCGAUCACGUCCAUCUUCGACCUCCUACUGGACUUCGUGAAGGACGGGUCUGCGUUUGUGGACGCGGCGUGGCGAAGCGACGACCUGGGUCCAGUUGCCAUGGAGGAGCAGAGUCUGGAGAUGGUGAGCUGCGCCACCAAAUUGACGGCCAUCCGCGAGGUGGUGGUCCGCAGACACAUGAAGGUGGCGUUCUUCGGCAGGACAAGUAAUGGGAAGAGCACUGUGAUCAACGCCAUGCUGAGGGACAGAGUGUUACCCAGUGGAAUCGGACACACCACCAACUGCUUCCUGAGGGUGGAGGGGACGGAUGGAGAAGAUGCCUACCUCACCACUGAGGCAUCCAAUGAGAGGAUGAACGUCUCUACCGUCAACCAGCUGGCUCAUGCUCUCCACAUGGACCCGACCCUGGACUCUGGUAGUCUGGUCCGAGUGUUUUGGCCUAAAAGUCGCUGUGCUCUGCUGAGAGACGAUCUGGUUCUGAUGGACAGUCCUGGCACUGAUGUGACCCUGGAGCUGGACAGCUGGAUUGACCGGUUCUGUCUGGAUGCCGACGUCUUCGUCCUGGUGGGAAACGCCGAGUCCACGCUCAUGAAUACGGAGAAACUUUUCUUCCAUAAAGUCAGUGAACGCAUCUCCAAACCCAACAUUUUCAUCCUCCACAACAGAUGGGAUGCAUCCGUGACUGAACCUGAGUUCAUUGACGAGGUGAGGAAGCAGCACCUGGACCGCUGUGUGAGCUUCCUGGCUGAGGAGCUGAAGGUGGUCAGUGUGGACGAGGCUCCGCAACGAAUCUUCUUUGUGUCGGCCAAAGAGGUGCUGAGCUCCAGGAUGCAGCGAGCACAGGGGAUGCCUGAGACGGGUGAGACGGGUGGCGCUCUGGCUGAAGGGUUCCACGAGCGCCUCAGGGAGUUCCAGAUGUUUGAGCGGACAUUUGAGGAGUUCAUCUCUCAGUCUGCCGUGAAGACCAAGUUCGAGCAACACACGAUGAGGGCGUGGCAGAUCACUGAGGCCAUCAAAGCUGUGAUGGACGCCAUCAACAUUGCCUCUGCCGACAGGAAGAUCUGCUGCCUGGAGGAACGUGAGGAGCAGAGGGACCGUCUGGACUUCGUCCGAGGACAGAUUAACCGGCUGAGUGACAGCAUCAAAGACAGGAUCAGGACUCUGACCGCCGACGUCUCCGCUAAGGUUGCCAUGGCACUGUCCAAUCAGAUCCGAUCUCUGCCGGUUCUGGUGGACGAGUUCAGAGCUGAUUUCAAUCCCAGCCCCGAGACCCUGGAACUCUACAAGUCUAAGCUGCUGCGUCACGUGGAGGAGCGACUGGUGGAUGGGUUGGACGCCCGCUGCUCCGUUAGCGUCCUGCACGACCUCAGGGAUGCCCAGAGUCACAUGACCGACAGCGUCCGUCCUCUCCUGUCUUCGUCUGUCCAGGAGCAGCUGUCCACUCCUCCUUCCUCCUUUCAGUUGACCUAUGACCUCAACCUGUCCGCCGUCUGCGCAGACUUCAUAGAGAACAUCGACUUCCAGUUCUCUCUGGGAUGGACCGCCCUCGUCGCCCGCUUCAUCGGCGCCACCAAUGCCAAGCGAGCGCUGGGCGGAGCUGACCCACAACCGCAGAAAAGCUCCACCUUUAAGGAUGAGCUGGUGGUUUCCAUAGCAACUGGCCUGGUGUCCGUCACCUCCCGGGCAUCCAUGACAGUGCUGGUGAUCGGUGGAGUGGUGUGGCGUUCAGUGGGCUGGCGUCUCAUUGCCCUGUCCGUCUCUGUGUACGGUGUCCUCUACCUGUAUGAGAGACUCACCUGGACCAAUGCGAGUCAGGAGCGAGCACUGAAGCAGCAGUUCGUGGAACACGCCACUCGCUGCCUCCGAGCCGUUGUCCCCGUCACAAGCUCUGCCUGCAGCCAGCAGGUGUACAAAGAACUGUGGUCCACGUUCAGUCGUCUGACGCAGAGAGUGGACCUCAGUGAAGCAGAGCUGGAGGGAAACGUCCGCCAGCUGAGCUUCAGGAUCCAAAGGCUGGAGAACAUCCAGAGGAGGUCCAAGGCCUUCAGAAACAGAGCCACUGAACUGGAGACGCAGCUGGAGGCCUUUUCCAUCCAGUAUCUCCAGGGAAACUGAAGCAGACAGACGUUGGUGUAGAUCAGCACCUCCUGCUGGACCUGCCAUGUCUACUUUAACCACAGGAGCAGAUUUCACUUUUAACAUUGAAUGUUUCUAUAGUGAAAACCUAUGAUGACACGAUCAGUUCAAUGUUUAUGAAGGAUGACUGUGAAUAAAGUCCAUCUGUGUAAAGGC